AAAAAUUGUUAUGACGAUAAAUAAAAUGUGACUAUUCUUGUUUCUCAUUUUAAUAUUCAACAUUCAUAAAUUGUAUUCAUGGAGCAGCAGACCAAUAGUCAUUGUAACCAGUAUAAUAUAGAAAAAGUUGAAACGUUCGUACAAAAACCACCACCGCAACAACAAAAGUUAACAAUGUCUCUUGUGAAAUAUGGUGAAAUAACUCCAAAUGAAUUGAUAUACUUUAAUGAAGUCGAAUCGAUUAAUAAGAAGACUGAUAUAAAAUGGCCACCCAAAACAAAAAUUAAUAAGAAAGAACGGAAAAAGCGACGAAAUGCUCGAGUGCAUCGUUUAGUACUUCCCAGAAGCCCAUUGGUGGUAUUUUCUGAGUUGUUUAAUGAUGUGCCAAUUCACUUAAUUGAACAUAAACUUCAUAAUGUUAAGCGUUAUACGGCUACUUUUGAAUUUGAUGGUCAAACGUAUUCUGAAAAUGAUAUUUCUAAAAUUGGAGCCAAACAGAAAGCAUGUGAAAAAUGUUUACGUAUUAUGUUGGUAAAGAAAUUAAGUGGACAAUACGAAAAAAAAGAAGAAUCUCCAAUAGAUGUUGAAGAAAAUGGUUCAAUAUCAAAACCUAAAGGAUUGCCUCAGGAUGAUUUUCCAUGGGGACACUUCGCUUCAUUAGCUAUGUAUAAGUUAAUAAAUCAAUGGAAACUGUAGCUUGUUGUUGCAAGAAAUAACAUAGAAAUUGUAAUAUAGAAAAAGUAGUGGAUUCACCUUCUCGGCGCCCCGAGGCUCUAUGUUUACAACCCCCUUUUUUCAAAAAAAAAAAAAUUGUGAUUAAU